GGCUGUCCUUUGCUCUCAUCCCCAGGUGUGCUGUCUCUGCCUGCCUACUUUAGCCCAUACAACGACGGCUCCGUGUGCAGCGAUGGACGGGCUGAUGCCUACGCCCAGCUGGAACUCCGAACGUUAGAGCAGUCUCUGUUGGCAACUUGCGUUGGAAGCAUCUCUGAACUGAGUGAUUUGGUAUCGCGAGCAAUGCACCACAUGCAGUGCUUGAACACCAUCCGCCCAGGAAUGAGCCCCGUUCGGCAAACCCGGCAGCAACAACCCAUCUCCUGGUCUCCUGAUGCUCUCCACACCCUCUACUAUUUCCUACGUUGUCCUCAAAUGGAAUCCAUGGAGAACCCCAACCUUGACCCUCCAAGAAUGACCCUGAGCAAUGAACGACCCUUCAUGCUUCUGCCGCCGCUGAUGGAGUGGAUGAGAGUGGCCAUCACCUACGCUGAGCACCGGCGCAGCUUAACUGUGGACAGUGACGAUAUCAGGCAGACGGCCAGACUGCUCUUACCUGGACUGGACUGCGAGCCCCGGCAGCUGAAGCCUGAAUGCUGCUUUAGUUCCUUCCGGAGACUGGAUGCGAAGGCUGCUACUGAAAAAUUCCAGCAGGAUCUGGGUUUCCGAAUGCUGAACUGUGGAAGGACAGAUCUGAUCAACCAAGCUAUCGAUUCACUGGGACCUGACGGGGUUAACACCAUGGAUGAUCAGGGUAUGACCCCACUAAUGUAUGCCUGUGCUGCUGGAGACGAAGCCAUGGUCCAAAUGCUUAUAGAUGCUGGAGCAAAUUUAGAUAUACCGGUUCCCAGUACCUCUCCCCGAUACCCUUCAGUCCAUCCCGACAGCCGGCACUGGACUGCUCUCACCUUUGCUGUGUUACACGGGCACAUCUCUGUUGUUCAGCUGCUCUUGGAUGCUGGUGCCCAUGUGGAGGGCUCUGCUGUUAACAGUGGUGAAGACAACUAUGCUGAGACACCGCUGCAGCUGGCUUCAGCCGCAGGGAACUACGAGCUGGUCAGCCUGUUGCUCAGCAGGGGUGCUGACCCACUCCUGAGCAUGCUGGAACUCAAUGGUAUGUCUUCAUCGCUUCACGAAGAUAUGAAUUGCUUCAGUCACUCGGCUGCACACGGGCACAGGAAUGUUCUGCGCAAGCUCCUGACGCAGCCCCAGCAAGUGAAGGGCGAUGUCCUCUCGCUGGAGGAGAUCUUGGCUGAGGGAGUGGAGAGCGACACCUCCAGCCAAGGCAGCUCCAGUGAGGGGCAAGUCAGGCUGUGUAAAACACGAAUGAAGGCACUGCAGGAGGCCAUGUAUUACAGUGCUGAGCACGGCUACGUAGACAUCACCAUGGAGCUCAGGGCACUUGGGGUCCCAUGGAAGCUCCACGUGUGGAUCGAGUCACUGCGGACAACCUUCUACCAGUCUCGGUACUCAGUCGUGCAGACCCUCCUGCGGGAAUUUGUCACCAUUAAAGAGGAGGACUAUAAUGAAGAACUGGUUAAUGAAGGGUUGCAGCUCAUGUUUGAUAUCCUCAAAACCAGCAAAAAUGAUUCCAUCAAUCAGCAGCUUGCAUCCAUCUUCACCCACUGCUACGGCAGCAGCCCGAUACCCAGCAUUCCUGAAAUCCGAAAGACACUGCCAGCUCGCCUGGAUCCUCACUUUCUAAACAAUAAAGAAAUGUCUGAUGUAACUUUCUUAGUAGAAGGAAAACUGUUUUAUGCACACAAAGUCCUGCUGGUUACUGCAUCUAACAGGUUUAAGACGCUGAUGACCAAUAAAACAGAACAUGACAGCCACGGCAGCAAGACUGUUGAAAUCAGUGACAUGAAAUACAAUAUUUUCAAGAUGCUGAUGCAGUAUUUGUACUACGGAGGAACAGAAUCUAUGGAAAUCCCCACCACUGACAUCUUAGAGCUGCUGUCAGCUGCCAGCCUGUUUCAACUGGACGGUCUCCAGAGACACUGUGAAAUCCUCUGUGCCCAGACGAUCAGCAUGGAGAACUCUGUUAACAUCUAUAAAUAUGCAAAGAUUCACAAUGCACCUGAACUCGCCUCUUUUUGUGAGGGCUUCUUCCUCAAACACAUGAGCUCUCUUCUAGAGCAGGACUCAUUCAAGCAGCUGAUCUACAGCAGGAACAGCAAAGUGCAAGGCCUGGAUCCUCUGCGGGACUUGCAGACAGCCCUGGCCCUCCGCCUGCACUCUGUGUACGUCACCUCCAGGGUGUGA